GACCUUACGCCAGUCUCACUCGCCGCGCCGCGCCCGACGGUCGGCACUCGGCACGCACGCUAAACACAUAUUAAACAACAUUGAACUUUAGAAAAUGCCCACCUGCUGCUGAUUUACUUUUUUGUGUUCAACUUUUUACAAUGGCCAACAAAAUCGAAUCACUAGAGUCGGGGCGCGGGAUCCAGGUUGUGUCCCCAGGCCCCGAACAUUCCUUCGAGCUGGAGCUAGAUGCCCUCUCCGCCUUACUGCUGCGGGAUGACAUCAAGGAACGGCCCGUGGUGGUCGUAUCCGUGGCCGGCGCCUUUAGGAAGGGGAAGAGCUUCCUGCUCGACUUCUUCCUUAGAUAUCUACACCACAAGUACAACCUUGGGGACAGUGGUGACUGGAUGGGCGCAGAGGACGAGCCCCUGCAGGGCUUCAGCUGGCGCGGCGGCUCCGAGCGAGACACCACCGGCCUGCUGCUCUGGUCGCAGCCUUUCAAGGCCACUCUCAGCAAUGGAGAAAAGGUGGUGAUCCUGCUAAUGGACACGCAAGGUACAUUCGACAGCGACUCCACAGUCCGCGACAAUGCCACAAUCUUCGCGCUGUCCACUAUGCUGUCUUCCGUGCAGAUCUACAACCUGUCGCAAAACAUCGAGGAAGAUGAUCUGCAACAUUUGCAGCUGUUCACGGAGUACGGGCGCCUAGCAGCGCAGAGCAGCGUGGGCAAGCCCUUCCAGCGGCUGCAGCUGCUAGUCCGCGACUGGAGCUUCCCGUACGACCACCCGUACGGCGCCGUCGGCGGGAAGCAACUGCUGGACAAGCGGCUUGAGGUUCACGAAGGGCAGCACGAAGAGCUGCAAGCCCUGCGGCGCCACGUGGCCUCCUGCUUCGACCAGCUGGCCUGCUUCCUCAUGCCGCACCCUGGUCUCACCGUGGCCACUAACCCUAACUUUAAUGGAAAACUCGCAGAUAUCAACCCCGAGUUCAAGGACUUCCUCCGUCAGCUGGUGCAAUCGCUUCUAUCCCCCGAUGCUUUACUUCCCAAGACCAUCCAAGGCCAGCCGGUGCGAGCACGCGACCUGCUUCUCUACUUCAAGGCUUACAUCAAUGUGUUCAACGGCACCGAAUUGCCGGAACCUAAGACUAUCCUCGAGGCCACCGCGGAAGCGAACAAUCUGUCGGCCGUGGCGGAGGCUCGAGAAGUGUACGACACCGUGAUGGAGGACGUGUGCGGCGGCGCCCGGCCCUACUCGCCUCCUCGGAGGCUGGACGAGGAGCACCGGCGCGCGCGCGACAAGGCGCUGCACGCCUUCCACGCCAAGCGGAAAAUGGGAGGGGACGAGUUGGCUAGCACUUAUGAAGCGCAGCUGAUUAAGGAACUAGAAGAGCAAUACCAACAACUAAAAGCACACAACGAGGGCAAGAACAUCUUCAAGCUAGCGGGCACGCCGGCGGUAUUCGCGACGCUGGCCAUCCUCGGGUACCUGCUGAGCGUGGUCGGCGGCGCUGUGGGAGUUCAGACCAUUGUGGCGGUGGGGCAGGCAGUAGCUUUGGCGUCGCUGACACUGUUGGCUGUUUGGGCGUAUACCAGAAUAACGGGUAAUAUGCGCGAAGUAGGCAUUCAGCUCGACGAAAUAGCAGACUCCUUGCGAGAACACGCGACGCGGCAGGCGUGGGACUCGGUGGGCGCGCGCGCGGCGGCGGCGGGCUUGGACGACAAGAGGCGCUAGUCGACUCCAGUCUCUCUUCUUGAAGCCGUACGCUUUCUACAAUGUGUUCUUAGCAUCGAUUCUUUAGUAUACGACGCAGAUAAUUGGAGUGACUCAGGUACUUUAAAUUAUCAGAAUACGCACUGUAGGGACUAAUACAAUAGAGGCGCGUUCUGAUAUUUGUGAGUACCAUUAUUUGCUUCAAUAUAUCUAAUGGAGUGUGAAGUGGUGUUAUGGUGCUAUAAUGAUUGUUUGAUGAUAUCUACUGACCAAUGUUUAAUAAAAGUUUAAGUUUUACGUAUGUUUGAGUACAUCUUUCGAAUGUCCUUCUGUAACAAUGUGAACAAAUUUGAAAGGAAUGGAUAAUAAAAUACAGAGUGGGGCCUGUAACAAAGGCGAAGAAUUGAACUGUAGGCUAUUCUCCUUAUACUGAUCAACAUUUGUUCAGCGACUUUUAAAAAU